CAUUGUUGGCGCCGCUGUUGUUGCACGGUCUCCGUGUUUUCUGCGACCGUGUGUCAAGAAUCCGCGACGGCUGCGAUCGUAGGUUGUUAGCCACGUGUUAAUAAUCGACAGAAAUAAUGGCUUUUAUCGGUACCGACUACUCGAAACAGCCGCUACAGCCGCUCGGUAUGCCGCACGCCGAAGCAAUGCGGCACCAAGUAGCGCAGAUGUUGAAAGGCAUCGACAGGUAUAACCCUGAGAACCUCGUCCGGCUCGAGCAGUACGUGGGAGUUCAAGCUAGCGAAAACGUCUACGAUCUGGAGGCAAACUUGGCAGUGCUGAAGCUUUACCAGUUCAACCCUGUAAACUUCAACAAGGAUGUGGUCGUCGCCAUCCUCCUCAAGGCACUCACCAACUUGCCCCACACGGACUUCGUGCUCUGCAAGUGUCUCAUCGACCAGGAAAAGCUUUCAGACAAGGAGAUUCAGCUGGCAUUACAUUUGCACUACCUGCUCGAGAUGUGUGACUUCGAAAAAUUUUGGGAAUCGGUAAAGGGCAAGGCACUGUUGCAGACCAUCAGUGGAUUUAAUGACUCCGUCAGAAAGUUCGUCUGCUACGUGGUGAACAUGACCUACCAGCAUAUCGACAAGUCCCUGCUCUCGGACUUCCUCGACGUGACCGGUCCGGAACUGCAGAUGUGGAUCCAGCGCAACGGCUGGCAGGAUCUGGGCAACGGCUCGGUUUUUGUGGCCAACCAGGAGGAAAUUGUCAAGACCAAGAACAUCACCGAGAAGAUCGAUUUUGAGAGUGUCGAAGCUAUUAUGUCUAGUUGUCGCUGACUGCUAAACCUCUCUGCUGUGUGGAUGGCUUCCUUGGCAACCGUGCCUUGCGGCAAGAGACCACUGCAAGUCGGGCCAUCAGUCCUAUCUACACUGCAGCAACAUGGGAGCACUUCAGAACUGCUUUCUUUGCUACUGUAAAUUCACCACAUCGGAGGUGCUCCAAAUACAUGUGUGUGGUGUAUUGAA